AUGCCAUCCGAAGCGCAACAGUCCAAUCUUCAGCAGCCGUGGAAACAGUGGCAGGCUUCACUUAAUCCCUGGAGCCGGAAAGACGUCCGGGACGGCAACGUUAUCCUUGAAAAUGCGGAUAGCGGGCACGGCACAACCGCUAUUGAUCAGAAGAACAUCGACCUAAAGGCCGACAAGAAAACCCCCACGAUGUAUGUGACAGCGUAG